AUGGCGAGAAGGAAGGUGGCGACUGGAGGGGCGGAGGCUGCUGCACUGCACCUGCGGGAUGGCGGCAAUGGGAUGACGCACGGCAGGCACCACUCUGCUGCCCUGCUGAUCACUCGCCUCCGGAGGAACGGCGAGGCGCGGAGGGAGCGGUGCAGCUGCUUGCCAGCGCGUGUGCACGCAGCUUCGACCCCUCGUCAAUUAGGAGAAGAAAAUCACUGCCUUGAUUCCGCCCGUGUUGCUCACCACUGCCUUGAUCCCCCCCGUGUUGCUCACCACUGCCUUGAUUCCCCCCGUGUUGCUCACCACUGCCUUGAUUCCGCCCGUGUAGCUCACCACUGCCUUGAUUCCCCCCGUGUUGCUCACAACUGCCUUGAUUCCGCCCGUGUUGCUCACCACUGCCUUGAUUCCGCCCGUCUUGCUCACCAGUGCCUUGAUUCCCCCCGUGUUGCUCACCACUGCCUUGAUUCACCCCGUGUUGCUCACCACUGCCUUGAUUCCCCCCGUGUUGCUCACCCGUGCCUUGAUUCCCCCCGUGUUGCUCACCACUGCCGGCGAGGAGGUGAAGGUGCUGCUGGCGUGGAGGCGAAGGUGCUGCUGGCGUGGAUGCGAGCGUGUUGGGAUGACGCACGGCCGGCAGUCACAGGCGUGUGGCUGCCUCCUACCCGCCCUGCUGACCACGCGCUCGCAGGCAAGGCUGCGAGGAGGGCGAGGGGGCAGCGCGGGGCAGCAAGAGGCGUCUAUCUAACUUUCCCCUUCCAUUCCCUUCAGCAUGGCGGGCAGAGUGGAGACGACACGGCGGGCGGCACGGACGGAGGUGAGGUGCUGACUUAUCGCUUGAGCAAGGUCGACUCGUGGGGCGAGGAGGGCGAGGGGGCAGUGCGGGGCAGCAAGAGGCUUCUAUCUAAUCCCCCCCUUCCAUUCCCUUUAGCAUGGCGGGCAGCGCGGAGACGACACGGCGGGCGGCACACGGAUGGAGGUGAGGUGCUGCUCCAUCGCUACAGCGAGGGUCCAAGACUCGAAGACCGCCCCCGACUGCGGCAUAGGUGUUACGCCACCUGGUCUGAGCUGGGCUGUGGGACGCCGCAGCCCGGCUCUUGUCGUUUAGGGGCUGCGGUCCCACACGAAGGGUCCCCACCUCAGCGCGAUGUGUGGGUGUAA